AUGAAAGGUCUCGUUAGGAUCAGAUUUGUCAGAAAGGGAAGAACUAGACAACCAGUGUACAACAUCGUUGUGGCCAACAAAAGAGGAAAGCUUCAAGGUCUUCCAAUUGAGGUUAUAGGCACAUACAAUCCUAUACCGACUCCAAUAUCCCCAAUACAGAGACAACAAGGUGUCAUUCCGGUGAAGGACGUCAAGCUUGAUUUUGACAGGGCCAAAUACUGGAUUUCUGUCGGUGCCCAGCCUAGUGAUAGUGUUGCAAAACUUUUAAAGAAGGCAGGUAUUCUCCAUGAACAGUGGCCAAAUCCAUCCAAGGCAGUCAAAGUUGUUCCUAGACCAGAAAUUCCUACCCAACACAAAGCUUUUGCUUGA